AUGUCAACUAGUAAUCUGACCACGACCAGUUUGAACGCAUCUUAUAUAUUCAUAGACCCAGUGCUAUUUGAUUUCUUUCGCGUUUUUAACUUAUGCAUUUUGGCGUUUAUCAUAGGAGUGUUUGGCAUUGCUGCUAACUUCAUCAACAUUUGCGUCUUCAGGAAACUUGGUUACCGAGACGGCGUCAACAUCACUCUGACCGCCCUAGCCGUCAGCGACAUCGGGGCGCUACUCUCCCAAGAGUUCUAUAACAUACUGGCCACGCCCAUGAUCCAAGAGUAUGACCUUUUACUAACCAAGGGCCAGCUCAUAACCGUCAUGCACUACAUCGUCGGAUACUUUGUUCGUGUCAGCAGCGUGAUCACCUCUUUCGCCUCACUGGAGAGGUGCCUGUGCGUGGUUCUGCCCCUGAAAGUAAAAACAAUCAUUACCACUCGGGUUGUUGUGGUCUAUAACGUCAUCAUCUUCCUCGUCUUAUCCUUGUACAUGUUGCCGCCAUAUUACUCACUUUAUUUGGACGUCAAAUUCUUGCCCGGCUACAACAAGACAAUUUGGUACUUCUUCUACCAACCUUACAGUGAGAGAGUCCUUAAGAUAUCCUAUAACAUCACUGACCUGGCCCUCCCUUACGGUACAUUCUUUGUAUUGCUCUUAUGCUCUUCAAUUAUCUACAUUAAAAUAAAGAUGAUGUCCGAGUGGCGAAGGUCAAUCUCGAGCGCAAGAUCUCGCGCUGCCAAUCAAGCGUCAGUCAAGGAAAUAAAGUCCGGGGUCAUGCUUGUAACUGUCUCGUUGCUCUGUAUCUGUUUUCUUGCUCCUGAAGCGGCGCUUUUUACUGCUGCAGGCUUCGUCCGAGAGAUGAAACAAGAUGGAAUAUACAAAGAUGUCAUGAGCCUCGUUGUUACUUUUACAACUCUCCUGCAAACCAUCAACUGUAGUACAACGAUCUUGAUCUAUUACAAAAUGAGCUCAAAGUAUAGAGACGAGUUUCACAGGAUGAUCCAAAAAUAUAGACUUAGAUCUAAGUUUUGUAGUUUGAAGUAA